UUCACUCCGCUUGCUCUGUUUGCCUUCCUCGGAGGCGGUGCGGGGUUUGUUCACAUAUCGGCGGCGAGGGGCGAGUGGGUAUGGAGAUCGGUCGGUCGGGUUUCCUAUUCCUGCUGUCGUUCUCGAUCCAGGUUACCUUGAUCUUCUUUUCAGGAAAUUUUCAGCCAUCCUAUGCACAGGAAAGAUAUGCAAAAGGGUAUUGUUCCAUGUAUGGUAUAUGUGGACAACGCAGUGAUGGAAAGGCUUUGAAUUGUCCUAACUACACACGUUCUAUCAAGCCAGAUGAAUUACUUUCCUCAAAGAUCCAGAGUUUGUGUCCAACAAUCACUGGCAAUGUAUGCUGCACUGCAGAACAGUUCGAAACACUACGCGAGCAAGUACAGCAGGCAGUUCCUCUUCUUGUUGGUUGCCCAGCAUGCCUGAGAAACUUUUUGAAUCUAUUUUGUGAGCUUUCAUGCUCUCCAGACCAAAGUCUAUUCAUUAAUGUCACAUCAGCCAAACAGGUAAAUGGUAGCAUGACAGUUGAUUCAAUAGAUUUUUUCGUCACUCAUCAGUUCGGAGAACAACUAUUUAAUUCAUGUAAGGAUGUGAAGUUUGGUACUAUGAAUACUCGUUCAAUGGAUUUUGUUGGUGCUGGAGCUCAGAAUUACUCAGAGUGGUUUACCUUUUUGGGUCGUCAAGCAAAUCUUAAUGAGCCUGGAUCACCCUAUCCAAUUACAUUCACAUCAUAUAUCAGUGACUUAUCUGGAAUAAAGCCUAUGAAUGCAACUACUUAUUCAUGCGGUGACUCUUCUAUGGGCUGUUCUUGUGGUGACUGUCCUUCAUCUGCUGUGUGCAUUGACUCUUUGUCCCCAGCUCCCCACGUGAAGCAAUCAUGUUCAAUCAAACUAAUUUCAUUGAAGGUCAAAUGCUUGGAUUUUUCAUUAGUAAUCAUAUACCUCUUCAUAGUUUGUGCUUUUCUAGUCUGGAAUUUCGUUUAUAUAAAAAAGAAAGAAGGUCCUUUUAGAACAAAGCCAUUGUUGAAUGUGAAGGGUGAGAGUUCUAAUGACAAACAGGAAACGCAUGUUUCACAGACAACUGCAAUGGUUCCUUCCGGUCUUAAAGCGCAUGAUCCCUCUGUCAUUCAGCUAUAUAUGUCAAAUUUUUUCAGGAAGUAUGGAACCUUUGUUUCCAAGAAUCCAACUCUUGUCUUAUGCAUAUCAUUGUCUAUUCCUCUUCUUCUGUGCAUAGGUCUUAUUCAUUUCAAGGUGGAAACACGUCCUGAGAAGUUGUGGGUUGGGCCUGGAAGCAGGGCUGCUAAAGAGAAACAGUAUUUUGAUAGCCACCUUGCUCCUUUCUACAGAAUAGAACAGAUUCUGCUGGCAAGCGUUUCACCCUCAGUUGGUGAGAGACCACCCAGUAUUGUGACUGAACAAAAUCUGAAGUUGCUUUUUGAAAUACAAAAGAAGGUUGAUAAUCUUCAUGCAAACUAUUCUGGAUCCAUGGUUUCUCUUUCUGAUAUAUGCCUGAAGCCACUGGGUAACGAUUGUGCCACACAAAGUGUUCUACAGUAUUUCCAAAUGGACCUUCAAAACUAUGAUACCUAUGGUGGUUUAACGCAUGCUGAGUACUGUUUUGAGCAUUUCUCUUCUGAUCAAACCUGCCUGAGUGCGUUCACUGCUCCUCUUGAUCCAAGCACAGCUUUAGGAGGAUUUUCUGGAAAUAACUACUCUGAGGCCUCAGCUUUUGUUAUAACCUAUCCUGUGAACAAUGUGCUUGAUGAGACAAGCAUUGAAUUCAGAAAUGCUGUUGCCUGGGAGAAGGCUUUCAUUCAGUUAAUCAAGGAUGAAAUUGUACCAAUGGUACAAGCUCAAAACCUCACACUUGCAUUUUCAUCAGAAAGCUCCAUUCAGGAAGAGUUGAAAAGAGAAAGCACUGCUGAUGUUAUAACUAUUUUAGUGAGCUAUCUUGUAAUGUUUGCUUAUAUAUCCAUCACAUUGGGAGAGAAACAUCAGUUAUCUUCCAUUUUUGUUUCUUCAAAGGUGCUUCUUGGCUUAUCUGGUGUAGUCCUGGUCUUGCUCUCUGUUCUUGGAUCAAUUGGUUUCUAUAGUUCCAUUGGAGUUAAGUCAACACUCAUCAUCAUGGAAGUGAUUCCUUUUCUAGUUUUGGCUGUUGGAGUGGAUAACAUGUGUAUCCUUGUCCAUGCUAUUAACCGACAACCAUUGGAGUUACUUUUAGAAGAACGGAUUAGUAAUGCACUUACAGAAGUUGGUCCAUCUAUCACCCUGGCUAGUUUGUCUGAAGUUUUGGCUUUUGCUGUUGGUAGUUUUAUACCCAUGCCAGCAUGCCGUGUUUUCUCUAUGUUUGCUGCACUGGCAGUUUUGUUAGAUUUCCUUCUACAAGUUACAGCCUUUGUGUCAUUGAUAAUAUUUGACUCCUUAAGGGCUGAAGACAAAAGAAUAGAUUGUUUUCCAUGUAUUAAACUUAGAUCGAGCAAGGCUAUCAGUGAAGGUGCUGCCAUACAAGAACUUGGAUUACUUGCUCGCUACAUGAAGGAUGUCCAUGCACCUCUUCUUAGCCACCGAGGAGUUAAAGUUUUUGUAGUUGUUGCAUUCAUUGGUUUUUCUUUUGCAAGUAUUGCUUUAUGUACACGUAUUCAACCAGGUUUAGAGCAGAAGGUCGUUCUUCCUCGAGACUCAUAUCUCCAGAAUUAUUUUGAUGACCUUGCAAAAUAUCUCAGAGUGGGACCACCAUUAUACUUUGUUGUUAAGGAUUUCAAUUACAGCUUGGAAUCAGGGAAUACAAACCAAAUAUGUUCAAUCAGCCAAUGUGAUUCACAUUCUCUCUUGAAUGAGAUUACAAAAGCAUCUUUGGAACCAGAAUCAAGUUAUAUUGCUAAACCUGCAGCUUCAUGGCUUGAUGAUUUUCUUAUAUGGUUGUCACCAGAAGCAUUUAGCUGUUGUCGUAAAUUUAUCGAUGGGAGUUAUUGCCCCCCUGAUGAUCAGCCUCCCUGCUGUCAAGAAAAGGAUGGAUCAUGCACUGUAGACAUUACAUGCAAAGAUUGUACAACGUGCCUACAUUAUUCAGAUUUGCAUGAUGGCAGACCAUCAACAAUGCAGUUCAAGGAAAAGCUUCCUUGGUUUCUCAAUGCCUUGCCAUCUUCCAACUGUGCCAAAGGUGGCAAAGGUGCUUAUACAAGUAGUGUGGAUAUCUCAGGUUAUCAGAAUGGUAUAAUUCAAGCAUCAUCAUUUCGUACUUACCAUACACCUCUAAAUAAACAAAAGGAUUAUGUGAACUCAAUGAAAGCUGCAAGGCAUUUCAGUUCCAAGAUGUCUACAACAUUGAAGAUGGAGAUCUUCCCCUAUUCAGUGUUUUACAUAUUCUUUGAGCAAUAUCUAGAUAUAUGGAAGACUGCUUUGAUCAACAUCUCAAUCGGCCUAGGUGCUGUUUUUGUUGUUUGUCUGGUUCUUACUAGCAGCUUCUGGAUAUCAACUAUAAUCUUAUCAGUGCUGACAAUGAUUGUCAUUGAUAUGCUGGGAAUCAUGGUUAUCCUUGGCAUCCAACUGAAUGCGAUUUCAGUUGUAAACCUUGUUAUGUCAAUUGGAAUUGCUGUUGAAUUUUGUGUUCAUAUAACACAUGCUUUCUCUAUAAGCAGUGGGAAUAGAGAGACGCGAAUGAAAGUGGCUCUGUCUACCAUGGGUGCUUCUGUAUUUAGUGGAAUUACCCUCACAAAGCUUGUUGGAGUCAUUGUCCUACGUUUUGCCAAAUCUGAAGUUUUUGUGGUUUAUUACUUCCAGAUGUAUUUGGCGUUGGUCCUCAUUGGUUUCUUGCACGGACUUGUAUUCCUUCCUGUGGUGCUGAGCAUCUGUGGUCCUCCUUCAAGAUCAACGUCUGAUAGCAUUCUACAGGAUCAGGAAACACCUCAGACUUCCUCUUGAUUGUACAGCAAAAUUAAAAAUUAAUAAAUUAUCAUAUCAUGCGGAUGGAAUGUUAUUCUUUCUUUAGUGAUUUCUUGCUGUUUCUAUUGCUUUUCUAUGGUUUAGCAUGCGAGCAAUUGUAUAUAUAGUUCGUAAAAGAAAUGAAACGUUUCUUUC